AUGCCUUAUGUCACCCACAGCUGGAGCAUCUGCAGUCACCCACAGCUGGAGCAUCUGCAGUCACCCACAGCAGGAGCAUCUGCAGUCACCCACAGCUGGAGCAUCUGCAGUCACCCACAGCUGGAGCAUCUGCAGUCACCCACAGCUGGAGCAUCUGCAGUCACCCACAGCUGGAGCAUCUGCAGUCACCCACAGCAGGAGCAUCUGCAGUCACCCACAGCUGGAGCAUCUGCAGUCACCCACAGCUGGAGCAUCUGCAGUCACCCACAGCUGGAGCAUCUGCAGUCACCCACAGCAGGAGCAUCUGCAGUCACCCACAGCAGGAGCAUCUGCAGUCACCCACAGCAGGAGCAUCUGCAGUCACCCACAGCUGGAGCAUCUGCAGUCACCCACAGCAGGAACAUCUGCAGUCACCCACAGCAGGAGCAUCUGCAGUCACCCACAGCUGGAGCAUCUGCAGUCACCCACAGCAGGAGCAUCUGCAGUCACCCACAGCUGGAGCAUCUGCAGUCACCCACAGCUGGAGCAUCUGCAGUCACCCACAGCUGGAGCAUCUGCAGUCACCCACAGCAGGAGCAUCUGCAGUCACCCACAGCUGGAGCAUCUGCAGUCACCCACAGCAGGAGCAUCUGCAGUCACCCACAGCUGGAGCAUCUGCAGUCACCCACAGCUGGAGCAUCUGCAGUCACCCACAGCAGGAGCAUCUGCAGUCACCCACAGCAGGAGCAUCUGCAGUCACCCACAGCUGGAGCAUCUGCAGUCACCCACAGCUGGAGCAUCUGCAGUCACCCACAGCAGGAGCAUCUGCAGUCACCCACAGCAGGAGCAUCUGCAGUCACCCACAGCAGGAGCAUCUGCAGUCACCCACAGCAGGAGCAUCUGCAGUCACCCACAGCUGGAGCAUCUGCAGUCACCCACAGCAGGAGCAUCUGCAGUCACCCACAGCAGGAGCAUCUGCAGUCACCCACAGCAGGAGCAUCUGCAGUCACCCACAGCUGGAGCAUCUGCAGUCACCCACAGCAGGAGCGCACAGAUGUGGCAUUGGCACAUGGCUCAUAUUCCAGAUAG